AAUUGAAGCCCAUAGACUAUUAGCGACUUCACUCUUUCUCUUUCUUUCUCUCUCUCUCUCUCUCUCGCUCUUCUAAUUUUGCCCUCAAAACCCUCCAAUUAUUACGAAAACGCCACUGCUCUCUCGUCGGGACUCCGGUGAGGCCGUUUUGGCCGGAAUCUGACAAGGGAUAUGGAUGUAGGAGUUACUACGGCGAAGUCUAUACUUGAGAAGCCUCUGAAGCUUCUCACUGAAGAAGACAUUUCUCAGCUUACUCGCGAAGAUUGCCGCAAAUUCCUCAAAGAGAAAGGAAUGCGCAGGCCUUCGUGGAAUAAAUCUCAGGCGAUCCAGCAAGUUUUAUCUCUUAAAGCUCUCUAUGAACCUGGAGAUGAUUCCGGCGCCGGAAUCCUCCGCAAGAUCCUUGUUUCUCAGCCGCCAAAUCCGCCUCGCGUUACAACAACGUUGAUUGAGCCAAGGAACGAGCUCGAAGCUUGUGGAAGGAUUCCUUUACAGGAAGAUGAUGGUGCGUGCCAUAGAAGGGAUUCUCCAAGAUCAGCUGAGUUUUCUGGUAGUUCUGGUCAGUUUGUUGCGGAUAAAGAUAGCCACAAGACUGUUUCUGUUUCCCCCAGAAGCCCAGCUGAAACAAAUGCGGUGGUUGGGCAAAUGACGAUAUUUUAUAGUGGCAAAGUGAAUGUAUAUGAUGGAGUACCACCUGAAAAGGCCCGGUCUAUCAUGCAUUUUGCAGCCAAUCCAAUUGAUUUGCCUGAAAAUGGUAUUUUUGCUUCUAGUAGAAUGAUUUCGAAACCCAUGAGUAAAGAGAAGAUGGUGGAGCUUCCCCAAUAUGGACUUGAAAAGGCACCUGCUUCUCGUGAUUCUGAUGUUGAGGGUCAGGCGAACAGAAAAGUAUCGUUGCAAAGAUAUCUUGAAAAGCGGAAAGACAGAAGAUUUUCUAAGACCAAGAAGGCUCCAGGAGUUGCGUCCUCUAGCUUGGAGAUGUUUCUGAAUCGUCAGCCACGGAUGAACGCUGCAUAUUCACAAAACCUUAGUGGCACAGGGCAUUGCGAGUCACCUGAAAAUCAAACAAAAAGUCCCAAUAUCUCAGUUGAUCUAAACAGUGAUCUAAACAGCGAAGGUAUGAACAAGCAUUUGUCAAAUGGUUCCAAUGAUCUCCCUUAAAACUCUCAUUCGCUUUUUUAUAGAUAAUUAACAAGGUGCCAAAAGAACUGGAGAUGGUACUACGGGUCAAAAGGCGGGAAGAACAAUUUCAUGUUCUUAUAACAUGUUAGCCAUGUACAAAAAGAAAGAAAGCAAACAAUGAAUGUUCUCGUUCAUUGUGGAAGAAACAUGGGUUAAAGAUUUGAGCUGGAUCAGUGCGGGUCUUGUAUGGUUUUGUUUUUUUUACGGGUUGCGUCCAUCUUUUUUGGUCUGUAGUUUUGAGUAGGUUAGAGAGACGCGAGAGAGAGAGAGAGGAUGUGGCGGUUUGUAUUAUGUAAAUGCUUGUCUUAUAAUGAGAGAGACCUUAUUGAUGAUACCAAUCUUUGAGGUCCAAGUAACACAACUUCUUUGUGAUUGAUAUGUAUGAGAUAAUUAAUUUGUCUAUUUUCAUGGCAUGAUGUAUGUGAUAUGUCUGAGAUUUGCAACAUUCUUCUAUAAAGUUGAGAAAUAAGGGUAGUUUAGUCUUUUUAA